AGAAAAUGCUGGUAAAUGCUAUAUAUAGUCAUAAGUGCAUCCAUACAUGGGGUGGUCGGGGAAAGCCAUUCCUUGAGUGAGAGGGUAAUAUUUUUGUUACCAUCAGCAAGUGCCUCCCAAGCGGCAUCAGGCUCGUCUGCUACCGCUUUGCGYUGUUUUAAUCUCAAGGGGAAAUCAAGCUCUACGUCAGUGAACCAGGUGCAGCACACCCACGCCACAGAGGCUAUGGCUGAACCAGCCUAUACAGUGCCKGCGUUCAGGCAGAGAGACGUCGGUGAGAUAGAGGAGUACCAGCGAGUGUCUAGUCAUGUUGGGAAAGGACUUGCUUCCAUUCAGAAGGAGCUCCACAGGAUGAGAGUGGCCACAAAGACCCAAGUGGAGAAUAUUGCGAUUAAGAGAGAGGUGCAGGAGAUGAUGCACAAGAGGGUGACGUCGAGUACGGAGACGGUCAAGGCCCCUGACUUCCUGGUGGCUCUGAGGCCCCACACCAUGUGGGAGAAGACUCCUGUCAAGCUGUUUUGCACUGUAGACGGUCACCCCAGGCCUAUUGUCAAAUGGUAUAAGGGAGGAAAACCUGUUGACCCACUGAGUGCCGCAGGAAAGUACAAGAUUGAGAACAAGUAUGGAGUACACAGUCUGAUUAUUAGCAGGUGCGUGGUGAGUGAUACUGCAGAGUACAGCGCCGUGGCAACGAACUCCCAUGGCUCAACUACCAGCAAGGCCUCUGUCACUGUCAAGAGACCAGCAGGAGGAGCCUAUGGGUCCUGCCAGCUUUCUGGUCAAGUGCCCCACCUGACUGUGAUCCACCACAGUAAGCUGGAGAUCACCAUGCUGGAUAGGUUUGGAGUGUCGUUCGGAACAGAGGGAGGUUCCAUUAGUCUGGUGUGUACCAUGGUGGUGGUCCCUGAUCUGCCCAACGUACCACCACUAGCCCAGUGGUACAGAGACGAUAAACUGCUGAAGGCUGGGAAGUUGGCUGAGAUUAAGGUUGGUGGGGGCGCUGCCACUUUGACUUUGCCCCACCUGGCCAAGGAUGAUGAGGGUCUGUACACCCUCCGCAUGUGGACGAAGGACGGCACCACCGAGCACAGCGCCUACCUCUUUGUGAAAGAUGCUGCCCGCUCUGUGGCCGGAGCACCUGGAGCACCAAUCAGCGUCAAGGCGUUUGACAUCAACUCGGACUACGUCCUGGUUGCCUGGAAACCCCCCAACACCACCAACGAGGCUGCCAUCACCGGAUACUUUGUGGACAAACGUGAGUCUGGUAGUGCUACCUGGUCCCAGUGUAACGACGCCCCAGUGCGGAUCUGUAAGUACCCCGUGCACGGCCUGAGCGUGGGUCACGCCUACCACUUCCGGGUCAGGGCUGUYAACAGUGCCGGGAUCAGCAGACCAUCCCGCGAGUCUGACAAGGUGACUGCCCUGGACCCAGCUGAGCGAGAGAGACUGCAAGUGAUUAAACUGGAUGGGAAACAUGAAGUAGUGAUUAAAGAUGAUGACCUGGAAGGUUACGUUACAUUGCCGGGGGAGCCUACAGAUGUGCAUGCCUCAGAGAUAUUCAAAUCAUAUAUCGUGCUGAGCUGGAAACCCCCCAGCCCUCGUGGACGGGCACCACUGUGGUACAUCAUCGAGAAGUCCGUGUCAGGCACUGGGGCUUGGCAGAGGAUCAACACAGCAGUGAAACUGCAGUCCCCUCGCUACCCCGUUUUCGAUUUGGAAGCCGGGAAAAAGUACCAGUUCCGUGUGUAUUCUGAGAACUUGUACGGGGCCAGCGAGGCCUCUAAGCCUACAGAUCAGAUAGAUUUUCACCUGUUUGCCUGCGGCUUCCCAGGCAUCCGGAUUGAAACCGUGUUGGAUUGCCACCACGGAAGGCACAAGUCCUCCGUGUUUGUGCAGUUUGUGGUCCAUGGACUGACCCCGGGGGAGACCUAUGUGUUCCGUGUCCAGGCUGUCAACAUCUAUGGCCUCAGUGAUGAGUCCCAGGAGUCGACUCCUAUUGCUGUGGAGCCCGCCCUCACGACUCCCAGUGCACCUCAUGGCAUCACCAUGCUGAGCUGUGACGGAGCCUCCAUGAUCAUUGCCUGGAAGAGCCCCAAGCACUGCGGUGGCUCCAAGAUCAACGCCUACUACGUCGAUAAGCGUGAUGCAGACACCCUGGCCUGGAAGGAGGUCAACUCUGCCGCUACCAAGACCAGGACCUACACGGUCGACGGUCUGACGGAGGGAACCUUUUACGAGUUUAAGGUCAAGGCUGGGAACCUGGCAGGUGUGGGCAUGCCCUCUGCUCCCAGCACACCUCUGAAGUGUGAGGCCUGGACUACCACAGUACCUGGUCCAGCCUAUGACUUGGCCUUCAGAGAGGUCAGAGGUGACUCCCUGGUCAUCCUGUGGAAGGCCCCUGUCUACACCGGCGCCAGUGCCGUCACUGGAUACAUGGUGGAGAUGGCCAAGAAGGGMCAUCACUACCACCCCCUGAAUGAAGAGGCUAUUGGCCACUGUUACCUGCAGGUGACUGGUCUGGAGGCAGGAGCAGAGUAUACGUUCAAAGUGAAGGCUGUCAACGCUGAGGGAACAGGAAAGGCCUCCCAGACAUCUGAGCCAGUGGUUGCCAAGGCUCUGCCAGGCACCCAGGAGAUCCAGUGUGGAGUGGAUGAGGACACUGGUGAUAUUUUCCUGUCAUUCGAGGCCUGUGAGAUUUCUGAGACCUCCAACUUUGCUUGGUCUAAGAACUACAAAGAAAUCAGUGACUGUACAAGAGUCGCCAUAGAAACUAAGGGCAAACACUCUAAGCUGACUUUCGUCAACCCAGACGUGAGUGAUUUGGGUGCCUUCUCUGUGGUUGUGACUGACACUGCUGGAGUUUCUGCCAGCCACACCGUGACAGAGGAUGGUAGGUUUGGAUACAGCCACAAGAUCAGCCAUGACGUGAACACCGGGGUGAUCCAGAUGACUGUGGAUCACUUCUCCAAGGCCAGCGAGGGCACCUACACCGUCCAGAUCCACGACGGCAGAGCCAAGAACCAGAGCUCUCUGGUCCUGGUGAGAGAUGUGUUUAAGGCUGUCUUGAAGGAGGCUGAGUUCCAGAGGUCAGAGCACAUCAGGAAACAAGGUCCCCACUUUGCUGAGUACAUUUCCUACCAUGUGGAUGACGACUGUACUGUUCUGCUCGUCUGCAAGGUUGCCAAUGUGAAGAAAGAGACUGUGUUCCACUGGUUCAAAGAUGAGGAAGAGAUUGUUCUGGAGACCYCUCCUAACGUGAUGUCUGGAUCUGUUGCUCUCCCCAUCUCCUUGUUCUCCAGAAARGACCAGGGCCAUUACAAAGCUAAACUCAGUGAUGACAGAGGGAAAGACUCUUCUGUCUUUGACAUUUCUGGCCAAGUAUUUGACGAUAUUAUCAACGCCAUUGCCCACAUUGCUGGGUCUUCUGCCUCUGAGCUGGUUCUUCAGUGUACCCCAGAAGGCAUCAGGCUCCAGUGCUACAUGAAGUACUACACAGAGGAGAUCAGGACUGCCUGGUUGCACAAGGAUAGCAAGAUCUCGUCGUCUGAGAAGAUGAGGAUCGCCGGCACAGCUGAGAUGGCCUGGAUGCAGAUCAGGGAGCCAUCAGAGAAGGAGAAGGGACACUACUCCAUCCAGAUUAUGGAUGCCWCCAAGUCCCACACUCGCACAUUYGACCUCUCCGGACAAGCAUAUACCGAUGCCUAUGAGGAGUACCUGAGACUCAAGGCUGCAGCCUUCGCUGAGAAGAACCGUGGUAGAGUGGUUGGUGGUCUGCCGGAUGUGGUCACCAUUAUGGAGCAGAAGACCCUGAGCCUGACCUGCACAGUCUGGGGUGACCCCAGUCCAGAGGUCACCUGGUUCAAGAAUGAAAAUGAGGUAGUCUCCACUGAGCACGCCAAGAUAACGCUUGAGGCCAAUAAGUUCGCCAGCCUCACCAUCACCGCCGUCACGUCCGAGGACUCCGGCAAGUACAGCAUCAACGUACGGAACAAAUAUGGCGGGGAGUUCGUGGAGAUCACCGUGAGCGUCUACAAGCAAGGCGAGAGCCCCCCCGAGCCCAAAAUGGGAGGGAGAGGAGCAACACCUGCACCCCUGGCCUCCAAGACCCCUGCCCAAACCCCUACCCCUGCCCAAACCCCCAUCCCCCAGACCCCCACCCCAUCCCUUAAGUCCCCCACCCCGUCCCUAAGGUCCCCCACCCCAACCGCCAAAUCCCCAACCCCCCCUAGGCAUGUUAAGUCGCCCAGCCCUGCCAGAUCUCUCAAGUCACCAACCCCCCCUAGAAAGUAACCAGGGAUAUUGAUGCCUGAGAAGGCUUGAGGCAUUGCCUGCUACUGAUUUAUAGCAUGAGUUGAGUGAAACCAGAAGCUGUUACAUGAAGGUGUCCAUUUUAGGUGUCAUAUAGCUUGGUCACUGAGCUUUAACAUGCAAGAAAUGUUUGAAAAAAUAAAUGAACAGAGUAGAUGUUAAGUGUUAAUCAUAAAAAAAGCUGCACCUUCCACUAUACUGUACUAUAUAAUGGAAUGUCUGAAGACCUGGGAUCAGCCUGCCUAAAGUGCCUGGUGGGCAGGGUUUGUGCCAGGUGGUGCCAGGUGGGCGGAAUUUUCCAUUGCAACAGGCAAGCUCAAUCAAGCACAGCUAAAGUUUUUGAAGUGAAUUCAAAUGGUAUUUGAGCCCAGGUCUGAAUGUCUGUGUCUAUUUCUCUGUGGAUGGUGAAUAGAUGUCAGAGAGUGCAGACGGAAAGACACACAGCCAGUGCCGUCUGCACUGCAGUCGCUAUGCCAGAGAAGUUACGUUUGUCUGCACCGUGUUGUGUUUCCCCCUUUGCUUUGUGUUAGAAAUAAACCUCAUUUAUCACCUCU